GUUUCUUUCUAAGAAAUUAUAUCUACAUAAUGUGUAUACUGGUUAUGGUUUAGCUAUAUAAUUUCUUCUAGUAGUAAAUUCUUACAAAAUAAAGAUACCCGAUAAUGGACAAUCCAUACUCGAUUAAAUUCACAUUUGUAAACCCAAAUUUAUGUAAAUGUUGGAGCGUAUUAGCAUUUACAGAAAGUUGAGAAUACGUAUAAACAAUGGUUAAAUUCGAUUGGCAGGUUAUUUCUUAACAACAAAAUAACUUAAAACAUUAAUAAUUUAGAAAUAUUCUAUUUUGAUAGUAUUUAGUUUAAACAAUAAGUAUAUUUAUUUUUUCUAAAUUUUCUAAAUAUGUUAGAGAAAACUCAUAUUAACGGUCACAUUUUAUUUAACGUUAAACUGCAUUAAUUAAUUUCUUAUGUUCACUUGAAAAUACGUUUAUGUUUGUGUUUGAGUGUUUAAUCUCUUAUAAAUAUGAGACAAAAUUUCAUUCUAAAAUACCAGAUACAAACAUUUUAAUAUAUUAUAUUAAUAACAUUUGCGACUUAUUUCGAAAACAUUGGCACAAUGGCUCACACUUCUUCCCGAACUACUAUCGUAUUCAUUGUUGUUGCUUUGAUUUGUGCGUUCGUUCCUGCAUUCUCUGUUGAAGAAGCUGAAGCAAAAUCACUAUGGGAUACCUGUCUUCUUAAAAUCAGUCCAAAAUGUGCGUUGGAUAUAAUUGGUGUUGUCUUUGAAAAUUUAACCAUCACUGAUGCAUGUUGUCAUGAUCUUGUACAAGAAGGAAAAAUGUGUCACGAUACUCUUAUCAAAUAUAUUGCUGAGAAGCCGCAUUUAGUUGCCCACGAAACAGAGUAUUUGAAGAAAAGUGAUGAUUUGUGGACUCAUUGUGUCUCAGUUUUGCAAACUGCCUAA